GAAAAAAAUCCAUAUUCGUCUCUCCUCUCUACUACUCUCUCUUCCACUUAUAUAUAUAUAUAUAUAUAUAUCACAUUUUCUACACAUUCCAUAAUCACACACAAACCUACGAAACUUUGAAUCUAGCUCUCCAUAGAUUCCCAUUUUUUUUGUCCUCCGAGAAUGGCUAACAAUAACAAGAAUAUUGUCGUCGUCUUCGAUUUCGACAAGACGAUCAUCGAUGUAGAUAGCGAUAAUUGGGUCGUCGAUGAACUUGGCUUCACUGAUUUGUUCGACCAGCUUCUCCCAACAAUGCCUUGGAACUCUCUCAUGGAUCGGAUGAUGAAGGAGCUUCAUGAUCAUGGUAAAACCAUUGAAGAAAUCAAACAUGUCCUGAGAAGAAUCCCAAUUCAUCCUCGUGUCAUCCCAGCCAUCAAAUCCGCUCAUGCUUUAGGGUGCGAGCUGAGAAUAGUGAGCGACGCGAACACGUUCUUCAUCGAGACGAUCGUCGAACAUCUCGGGAUCAGUGAGUUUUUCUCCGAGAUUAACACAAACCCAGGACUUGUAGAUGAACAAGGACGAUUAAGAAUCUCUCCUUACCACGACUUCACCAAAUCCUCCCAUGGUUGCUCUCGCUGCCCUCCUAACAUGUGCAAGGGUCUUAUAAUCGAGAGGAUUCAAGCUUCUUUUGCCAAAGAAGGAAAACAUACCAAGAUGAUCUAUCUUGGAGACGGUGCUGGUGAUUACUGUCCGAGUCUUAAACUCAGAGCUGGAGAUUACAUGAUGCCAAGGAAGAAUUUCCCGGUCUGGGAUUUGAUUAGUCAAAAUCCGACCUUGGUUAAGGCUGCGGUUAGAGAUUGGACCGAUGGAGAAGCGAUGGAAAGGAUAUUAAUGGGAAUAAUAGAUGAUGUUAUAUCUUCGGAUGAAGAAGAAGAAGAAAAGGAGAAGAUUUUGAGCUCUGAUCAUUGCAAGACAUCUGUUGGGAUUGUUCAUGAACCUUUGUUGCCUCUUGCACUUCAAGUUCCUCUAAAUCUUGUCAAGUGAUUUUGAUGACGAGCAAAAAAAGGAUCGUCUACGAUUUUUUUUUGUUUCUAAUAUAUGAUAUUAUCUUUCUUGCAAUUGAGAAAAUGUAUAAGAUGCCUAAUGUUGAAAUGGUUCAUGCACUUAUUGAUGAUGUAAGCACUUCCUUCGGUAGCAAAGUUGUCAUCAUAAUCAUAACUACCAUAAAAAUAGGAACACGCACAAACAUAAACGCCAAUUAAUAACAAUGGUAGUCAUAAGAUCUCAGUGAUGAAAAAAUUUGGAAAACCAAAACGCAAUUAAACAAUCGUAGUCAUAAAUGUGACAUAUUCUUCUAGCAAAUGAAGAUCAAUUUUACUUAUGGAAGCAAACGACUGGUUUCAUCGUCGUUUUGGUACAUGUCUUCGGUUUUCCUUACAGCUGCGUGAAACAACACAGCCGCCGCGCCUGCCAUGACGGCCACUGCAAUAUUGAGCUUUGCGUCGGUCAAGAGAAGGAUCGAGAGAGUGAGAACGGACAUGACGAUGAGGACGAGACGGUGGUCGAUCUCGCGGUCGAAAACAGUGAGCGGUUCGUCACGGAGGAAGUAGAGGAAGAGCCACGCGCCGAUUAGGGAGAGUAGGAUUAGGAGGGAGAAGGGGUUCCAGAUCAGGCUGAGGAAGACGGUGAAGAGGACGACUAUGGUGUAGUUGGUUUGGAAGUAGACGGUGUUGGCUCUGAUCCUGGUGAUCACGGUGGCUAAUUUGCGCGGGAAGUUGAAGGAGUGGAGGUCGAGCAUUUGCUUCCACGGGCGGCGCGUGGCGAGGCCGGGUCUUACGUUGUGUUGGUCGUUGGCUCGUGUGAUGUACUCGAGUUUGGGUGCUAGGUCGUUAGCCGACGUCGGAUUUGUGCCGUAUGUUGUCAUAUGUGAUAUGUUUUUGCUGCAAGUGUGAUGCGUUGUGAUGAUAUGUGAGGAGAAA